AUGCCUGCCGACCUCUCCAGCUUCAACACCGCGGACCUCAUAAAGACACCGCACAACAGCCGCCUCUACCAGGAGAACCAAAAUCUAAAGAAGCACGUCAACGACCUCAUCGACUACCAACUUGCGCACCCGAGAAAUCCGAAGCCGGUCACGCGUGAGGAAAUUGACAAUGACAAGAAAGUUAAACUUGAGAUCCACAAGAGGGAGAAGCUCAUUCGAUCGCAACUGUCCGUCAUCAAGACGCUAUAUCGCCAGAGUGUCCUGAAGGUUCGAGAGGAGAAGGCAAAAACGGCUGAUGAUAGGGCUGUCAACGACGCUCUGAUCCUUGGGCUUCACAAUCUCAAGUAUGAGGAGCAGUCGCUGCGAUCAGAGAUUGCGGCUGCGGAGAACUACGACCACAAAUAUACCAAACUCCCUCUCAUCCCCGUCGAAGAUUUCCUCGAGCAGUUUCCCGAACACGAAGACGCUUCCGACCACGACCUCAUGAUCGCCCGCAUCGAGCACGAACACCGCGAGCGCGUUAAGCUCGAAGAUCGCCGCCAAGAGAAACUCAAACAGAAACAGAAGCUUAUUUCUGAGGUGAAAAAGGGCAAAGACGAGCUUACCAAGCUUGACAGCAUGGUGGAGAAGUUCGUUGAGGCGGCCGAGCCAAUUAAGAAGAUGCUUGCGACUGAGUAG